AUGGCCGAUUCAAAUGCUGUCGUGGAACACCGGGAGGAGUCUGAUGUAAACAUCCAACUUGAGCAACGGAGAAGUCAGGUGCGGGGCCUCGAGAUCCAACUGACGAGAAAGGAGGCCGAGCUCCGCCGCGCAAAGGAAGAACAGGCGCUUCUGAAGGAGCUUCACGCGGUGAAUGAGGUGACGCUUCGCAAGAAGCAGCAGAAGGAGUCCGAUGGCGCUGGAAGUCGUCUCAAGAUCCCUCGGGAGUCGUUGGAUGAAAUUCUUCGCCUCGAAGGUGAAAUUAAAUGUGCGAACAGGCGCACCGUUGAGCUGCAAAAUGAGGCCAGCACAACGUCCGUCCAGCUGAACGAUGUGGAAAAAGGAAUUGAAAGCAUAUGUAACCGUACAGCCCUGGUGAAGCAGGUAACCGGGUGGAUAAGUUCCGGCAGUCAAUCAAGCAGUGUAGUUGGAGUGUCGAGCGAGUGGAUAAUGAGAAAAAAGGUUUUGACGGAGCUUCAGGAUGAACAGAACGCCAUUAAGGCAUUGACAGCGCUAUUGGACAAGCAGGCUGAAUUUUACACAAAGCGGCUGGAAGAACAGAGGACCAAGGACGAGGAAUUCGCCGAGGCACAGCGCGUCCUUCGUGAGAAAACUGUUCAGUACGAAAAUCUGCUGGGUGAACUGAAGUCUUUCGAACGCCUUACGAAGAAGAAGGAGCGCCUUCUCGAUACCGCUAGUGGGAAGGUGACCGAUGAUUACAAGACCGUUAAGAUGAUUGAGGGAGACAAAAAAGUUUUGUACGCCAACUUGUCCAAACUUCAGGAGGCAAAUGUAAGGAACUCAAAGUCAAUCCUCUCCCUUGAGAUGCGUCUACGACAGCUGGAGACCAAACUCGAGGCAGUAAACCUCUUCCUGCAGCAGGUGUUCGCGGACGUUGAAGAAGAGGACGAGCACAUCGAAAAUAUACCUGAGGGUGCCACUGAGGUACCACUUGAGCAGUUCGAGGAACUUUGCCGGGAGCUAGAACUCUCUCGUGCCACGCUUCUUCAUCGUGAAGAGCAACUCAAUGCCGGUGACGCGAAGGUUGAGCAACUAGAGCGGAAGACCACAAUUCUCGAAAAUGCCAUCGCUUCUCACGCUGUAUCAGCUCAACUUCAGGUGAAGGGUAAAGAGAGAGAGUUCGAGACGUUAAUGUCACAUGUGGAUUAUAUGAAGGCGGAGUUUGAUGAAGAAUAUAAAAGGCUUACGAAGGAAAACGCUGCACUUGUAAGUAAGUUGGGUAAGUAG